UUCUAAGGGUGAAUAUUGAUAACUUAUUUGCGUAUUAAACUUAGGAAAUUUACGGUGGGGAAAAGGUGGAAUAAUAAGAGUAACAACUUGAACAUAAUGACAGCUUGUGGGUGCAUCAUAUUGAUGCAAAUCUUCAUUGUCGUUGUUGCGGUUUUUGGGCAGUUUCUGUUCUACAAACAAGGUACGGAUAUUCAAAAUGACAUAAAGACUCGGCAGUUUAAAUCCGACUCGCAAGAUACUGAUAUUCAGCAACAAAUAAACAAACUGAUAGGAACAAAUAAACUACUUUCUCAGCGUGUAAAUCAGACAAGUGCAGAAGUAGAUGAACUUAAGUCAGACUUUCAUAUUAAUUUUGACAAUUUCAAUAGCACUCAAGAGUCUUUAAACAAAGUAGUUGGAAAGCUACAAGGUAUAAGUGUUAUUGCAGAAAAGGCACAGGCAACGAAUGAGCAAUUAAACGCUAAACUGAAACUCCUUGAAAAACACCAUUUAAACAAAAGUACGAUCUUGAAAAAGGAUUUGUCUGAUAUACGUGCAACUGUUUCAAACACAACAAAUGCUAUUGCGCUGUUGUCUAAACAUGUUCAGCAUAUUGGUACGGAAACAAAUGAGCUGAAAUUGCUUCUUAACGAAAAUGAAGAUAAAUUCAAGGAAAUGCGAGAGUUAUUGAGAGAGGUGGACGGAAGGGUACAAGUUGUUAGAAGCAUUGCAGCAAAAGCACAAGAAAUGAAUGAUCAAUCAAACACUAAGCUGAAACUGAUGGAAGAACAUCUAUUUAACAAAGAUGCACUGACAGCUGCUAUCCUGAUUUUAUUCUCUUUAAUAAUUGGACUCUUGAUGUACAUGUUGAAUCUAAGAUCUGCUGUAGAACAGAUGCGGGAAAACACAAAUUAUUUGUAUCCCAAAUGAAUCAGCCACAAAUCAUUUGUUUCUAAAAUUUGGCAAACUACUAUCGAAUUAUAUUACAUUUUGCGAGAAAACAUGAUAUCUUUCAAAAAAGAAGGAACAUAUUAUACUUUAGUACAUACACAUUUGAUGCCAUAAAAUAUCACUGUGUCAUUACUUCAAAUAAUCUAAUGUCAAAUACCUUUCAAUUGCACACUGUUUAACAUGUAGAUGAUGAAAUGACACUGCAUGGAGAAAAUGUAUAUACAUGUAGUAAGUGAUGUCUGUGGUGAUUAUUGCAUUGUUUCUGUGUGUUGUGUUAUGUGUUAUCUGAUAGAGGUACAUAUAUUUAACACUAUAUGUGAACUCAUUGCGUUGACCAUGAAUGUUAAACAUACGUACUUAUGUAUGAGACAGAUGCAUCUUAUAAUUGAUUCCAAAAUGAUUUUUACACCACUCGUACCUUUCCCGUUUUUAUUCCAAAGCUAGACAAUUGAUUAUGUAUGAUAACUAGUAACUGAAGUGUUUUAAAUCAUGAACCAAUUUCAAAGCUUUUCUCAAAAAAUAAACAAAUCAAAUACUUACAAUCACUAAAGUACUUGAAUUCUGCUUCCCUAGUACGAGGUAAAAUGCUUAUUAUCAUUUUAUUGAUUUUACAGAUAUUUCCUUUAUGAACGAUUUUACACUUUUAACACUUGUUUUAUUAACAGGUUUUAGUGUUUUGUUUAUUCAAUUGUAUGUUUUGUGAAGUCUUAUACAAACCUGGCAUAUAUAUGUAUUAUAAAUAAACUUCAAUCAUCACUUUAAAUGUACGUAUUGGUUUGUAAUACAGGUGAGUCAGCUGGCCAAAAGUGGGAUAUACUGUUCGAAAUCGUGUAUUGUAAGAAAAAGCACUAGCAGUUAAACAUCAACGUUAUGUUUAACGGAUUACACGGUCUCAAUCGGUCAAACAUUUUUGAACAGCGUCUACAACCACUUCUUACAAAUCCUUGAUAGUUUUCAUCAGACAUGUACAUUCAACAAAUCAUCUAGAAAUCGCUACAACACAGAGAUAUGAUUUUACUUUUAAUUAUCAAUAAGCAAUCAUUUAAAUUCUAAUACUUUUUUCAAUUUAAACAAAAUUACAAUUUAAUGACCAAAAAACGACGUCCAUAUUGAUUAAAAUGUUUUAAUCCUUUAUAUAAGCAAAUGACGGGACGCAAGUGCUUGUUUUAUGUUGUUUUGCAUUUUGCAUCUUUUCUUGUUUUAAAAUGUUUUUUUGUAAAUUCAUGUUUCUUCAGUAAUAGCGUUUUGCUUUUUUAUCAGUUGUGCUUGAAAUGUGUUAGCGUAUUUUUUUUUAUUUAUUGCCAAUAAAUAUUCAUAUCGCGAGUAUUGUAAAUGCCGCGUCAAUAAAAACUG